AUGACUGUCCGUCAAGCUACACAUGCUGGCUCGUGGUACAGUGGUGAUCCAAAGACCCUUCAAUCACAAAUACAAGCAUUGAUACUCGCAGCGCAGAAAUCGGGCAAUGUGGCGGCGAACAAGACAGUAAAUGGAGCCAGAGUUUUGGUUGGCCCUCAUGCUGGAUACACCUACUCUGGAGAGAGAUUAGGUGAAGCGUUUAAUGCAUGGGACACAUCGACUGUUAAAAGGGUGUUUUUACUAGGGCCUUCCCAUCAUGUGUAUUUCAAGGACAAGGCUUUGCUUUCCCCCUUUGACUUCUAUGAAACCCCCUUGGGCGACAUACCUGUUGACAAAGAAACAAUAAACGAUUUGCUCAAGAAAAAGUUCAAGAAGAAACACGGCCAGCCUGUUUUUAAAUUGAUGUCUGAGGAGAUUGAUGAAGACGAACACUCAUUUGAAAUGCAUGCCCCAUUUAUCUACCACCAAGGAAAGAAUUCUAAACACGGUGUGCCUAAAAUUAUACCCAUACUUAUCAGUGGGAUGGACUUGGAGCUUCUGAAUGAGUUGGUAGAUGCUUUAUAUCCGUACAUUCAGGAUGAGGAGAAUCACUUUAUCAUUAGCUCCGACUUUUGCCACUGGGGGUCAAGAUUCGGUUACACAAAGGUCUUGGCCAAUCGAGAUGCGACCUUGGACAGCUUGGAAACAGAUAUUCAUUCAUUGAGAUACCUGUUGGGACUGCAGGAUAUUCCCGUGUACCAGUCCAUCGAGAUGUUGGACCGUAUGGCACUCCAAAUUGCUUCGAAGGGAUCUGCUUCUGAAUGGAGAGAAUAUAUUCGUGUUUCCGGCAACACGAUCUGCGGGCAGAAACCAAUAGCUGUGAUGUUGCAACUCUUGGAACAAUACGGGUUGAAAGAGGGAGGCGAUGUUUUUAAGUGGAUUGGAUAUUCCCAGAGCAACCAUGCAAAGUCGCCAAAGGAUAGCAGUGUCUCAUAUGCUGCUGGUUAUGUCAAGCUAUAA